CAGACUGGUGUUUCAGAGGAGGGAGGACAAACGGGGAUGUGUCGCCCGACGAGAUGAUCCCGGGGUGCAGAGGAACAAGGAAGGAAGGAAUGGUGGCCGUCCAGAGCGCCCCGGAGCAGAUGAAGUCUGUUACAUUUAGGAAUUCAUCCCUAAAACAGAACAGCCUGCCCCUGCCCAAGACAAUGGCGGCACCACGUCCGGUAACCAGAAGUCUGUCUACCACAUCCCUGCGGAAGACCGGAGACUGGUUGUCACACAAGCCUUACGUCCAGCUACUGGUGGAUGAAGAAAGCCGGGAGAUCAGUGCAAUGACCCAGUGCGUUCUGGACACGGAGAACCUCUACAACCAGAGAGUAGAUGAAUAUGUGAAGCAGGUAGAGCAGGCUGAGCAGUGCAGGAAGGAGAUCCAGCACAAGCGGUGGAUGGAACGAGUGGCGGAUCCUUUGCAGAAAGUAAUCGAGAAAUACAUUGAUACCCAAUCCAGCGAGGACAUAGAGAAGCGGAGAAGACGUCUUCUGACUCAGUACUUGAGAUACUGUAAUAAGAAGGGUAGCGCAUUUAUGAGAGAUUAUGACUCCUCCGAGUAUGACCCAUUCAUUAAUCGCCUUUACAAGCAAUACCUCUGGGUUUCUACUCCAAAGUUUCAGGACCCUCUUCUCCAGCAUUCCCAGAAGAGGUAUGAGGAGGAGAAGAUUGCCAUGCACUGCGAGACAGGCAGGGUGUUUUCUGCCAAGGAAAUCCAUGAACUGAACUUGCAGAAGCUUCCACAGGUUCCUCUGGGUCGUCACAGUAUGAAUGGAGCUGAAUGGCUGAAGACUCCAUUUGGAUAUAUUGAGAGUGAGACUAGGCUGAAGAGCAGGCAGAGAGUAAGAGGGUCCUGUAAUGAGGGGAGUCUGGAUUUCAAGCUGUGGACAGAUAAAAAAUUCCCACCUGAGAUCUUUAGCAGCGAGAUGAAAAUCAGUCAGAAGAGAAAGUUUCCUGUAAGACCGUCCUCCCUCCCUGCGUAUUGUCCUCACUGGGGGCCUGACCCCGCAGACACCAUUACAGUAUAGGCGCUCGGUGUAUUCAUUACUAGGGGACGGUUG